AUGCCCGAAAACGAGUAUACUCUUGUAGAAUAUUUUGGGAAAAGUGACGGCUCAGAAUGUGGAUAUUGUCACGGUUUGAUAGAUGGCAAGCGAUCGACACAUGGAAUGUGGGCUCAUUACAUGACCACUGCAGUUUACCAGUCUUUAAUUGAUCGGGGCUGGCGCAGGUCUGGAAAAUACUGUUAUAAACCGGUGAUGAAUGAAACAUGUUGUCCACAGUACACUAUCAAAUGUGAUGUUACUGUCAACCAGUUGACCAAAGGUCAAAAGAAAUGCUUGAAGCGAUUUCAUAAUUACAUCCAAAAUGACGUCAAGCCGAAAACUUUGUCGAAUGAACACAACAGUCUGGAGCAUGCGCAAACUAGAAGCUUGGUUAAGGCGGCCGAAACUCCCAAACAGAAGCCAAAUCAGACGAAUAAUGUACAAAUAAAAGACAGAAGUAGGAAAAAACGCUUUCAAAGAUAUCAGCGACAGGUUGAGAAGUUACGUUCGAGGAACCUGACUGAUUUGCAGAUUGAAGAGCAUUUCAAGAAGAGGAUAGAAUUUAAGCUUCAGAAGCAAAAACCAAAGGCGAUAGAAGACUAUUUCGCGUUCACGAGCUCAGCAAAAAAUAAACUGGAAGUUAAGCUUGUCAGCUCCGCUGAUGCCUCAGUAUUCGAUUCUGCGCAGAGGAAAAACGAGUUCACAGUAUACAAGAAGUAUCAAACAACCAUACACAAGGAUGAAGAAGACAAGAUUACUGAAAAACAGUUUCAGCGUUUUCUUAUUGACUCUCCGCUGAAGUACUCGGAGUUUGACCAAGAAGUGUCUGGGGGCUCGUUUCACCAGCAGUACUGGUUGAAUGGGGAGCUAAUAGCCGUCGGCGUGAUUGACAUUCUUGACUUGUGCGUUUCAAGCGUUUACUUCUUCUAUGAUCCCAGCUAUAACUUUUUGUCUCUCGGACGAAUUUCAGCCUUCCAAGAAAUCAUGUUCACCCGUAAACUUCACUCGUCGCUUGUGAACUUAAAGUAUUACUACAUGGGAUUCUAUAUUCACUCUUGUCCAAAGAUGAAGUAUAAAGGAGAAUACUCGGGAAGUUUUCUCCUUUGUCCAGAAGCAUACUCGUGGCACCCUAUUGAAGAGGUGUCUCACUUGCUAGAUGUCCAGAGGUAUACUCGUUUUGCUGCAGAAGGUGCACCAAAAGCGCCUCCGGGAUCUUUGAAAGAUUUGCUUGUUCUGUUUGAUCAAACAGCGAUGACAUACAUUCAGUAUCGUCAAAAGACUGGAUCCAAUAAGGACGAAGAUAAAGAAGUUCUCGAUAUCUGUCAAUUAAUUGGAAAGCGAGCAACGGAGUUUGACUUCGUCUUGUAUAGAGGCUGACGGAAACUUCGUCCUGUACAGUUCCUGAGAAAUAAAAAUACUGAAUGCUAUUGUAGAAUACUGAUACUAAUUAAAUUCAUUGUGUAAAAAGCCAUUGAAAGCAUAUAUUUUUGAAGGAAGUUGAGGCUCCUUCUACAGUUUAAUUUACAGAUGUUAUAUUGCUAUUUUAAUCUAUCAGUAUUCAAUGUUGAAAAAAUUGACAUCGAAAGUGUUUCUCAAGAAAAAUCUGGAAAUGUCUAAAAAUUCAUACAAAAUACGAGAUA